UUGGGUGCAGCAGCAGAAAAAAUGGCAGCAGAUACUGGAAGAUACCGAAGUGCUGUUAGCAAAAGUAAAGACCCUUCGGGCUUACUAAUUUCUGUUAUAAGGACCCUGUCCAGCAGUGAUGACAAACAGGACAGAGAGACUGAGAAGGGCCGUCUGGAGGAGGCCUUUGAAAAGUGCGACAGGGACCUGGAUGAACAGAUAGUCCAGCACUAUGCAGAGUUGACCACCGCCAUUCGGACCUAUCAGAGCAUCACAGAGAGAAUCACCAGCUCCCGCAACAAGAUUAAAGGGGUGAAGGAGAACCUGCUGUCGUGUAAGAUGCUGCUUCACUGCAAGAGGGAUGAGUUGAGGAAGCUGUGGAUCGAAGGCAUCGAGCACAAACAUGUCCUUAACCUGCUGGAUGAGAUCGAGAGCAUUAAGCAGGUCCCACAGAGGCUGGAGGCCUGCAUGGCCAGCAAACACUACCUCCACGCCACUGACAUGCUGGUGUCAGCGGUGGGGUCCCUGGAGGGUCCCCUGCUGCAGGUGGAGGGCCUGGGAGACCUGCGCCUGGAGCUCCACAGCAAGAAGCUCAACAUCCACGUGGUCCUCAUCGACGAGCUGCACCGCCACCUCUACAUCAAGUCCACCAGCCGCCUGGGCGCCCGGAACAAGGACAAGAACCAGGCGCGGCCCGGGGGCUCCGCAAACAAGGACACAUCCCCCCUGCCUCAGCUGGACGUCAGCAGCCUGUCCACCCCUCGCAAGCUCAUGGACUCCUCCCAGUUCAGCACCCCAGGGACCACCAGCAUGCGUGAGCUGCAGGCGCAGCAGGAGGCCCACGAGGACGCCGAGGUGGACCCGGAGGAGAACAGCCAGGAGUUCAUGGGUGUGCUCAUCAAGGGUCUGGCCAAGCUUAAGAAGAUCCCCGAGGCGGUUAAGGCCAUCAUGGAGCGCCUGGAGCCUGAGCUUAAGCAGAUACUUAAGAGGUCUACUACCCAGAUUGCGGACCACGCAUACCAGAGAGGGGAGAACCUGGCCACAGAGAGCCAACCCAGGCUGCUGCUGGAACUGCUGGAACUGCUGUUUGACAAGUUCAACGCCGUGGCGACAGCCCACAGCGUGGUUCUGGCCCAUCUGCAGCAGAUCGUGGUAUCGCCCAAUGGGGUCCAAGAGGGCGUCAAGCUCUACGAGCUGGCCGACGUCUCUGCCAAGAUCCAGACGGUUCUCCAGGUUCUGUUGAUGGACUACCUGGAUGUGAAGAACACUAAAAGUGCUUCCGAGCCCUCUGCCCAGCUUUCCUACGCCAGCACUGGCAGUGAGUUUGCAGCCUUCUUUGCCAAGAAGAAACCUCAACGUGCCAAGCAGUCUCUCUUCAAGUUUGAGUCCUCGUCUCACGCCAUCAGCAUGAGUGCCUACUUGAGGGAGCAGAGGAGAGAAUUGUACAGCAAGAGUGGGGAGUUACAAGGCGGUGCGGACGAUAACCUGAUUGAAGGAGGGGAGAUGAAGUUUGUGUGUAAACCCGGAGCCAGGAACAUUACUGUGAUUUUCCAGCCUCUUCUCAGGUUCAUCAACGAGACUGAGAAGAACAUGGGCCCGGCCGGCCAGGCCAAGCAGUGCCAACUGCGGACCUUCCUGACCUACUACAUCAACGACCUGUUCCUGAACCAGGUCCGCACAGAGAUCAACAAGGAGAUCGAGGCGGUCAGCAAGACUGCCGACCCGCUGAAAGCCCUGGCUAGUGCUGACACCAUGAAGGUCCUGGGGGUGCAGAGACCACUGUUGCAGAGCACGGUGGUGGUGGAGAAGUCCAUCCAGGACCUAAUGGACCUCAUGCAGGACCUGAGUGCCUACUCCAACCAGUUCCUGGAGAUGGUCUGUGACAAACUGAAGGAGUACAAGGAGAUCUGCAACACAGCAUACAGGGGAAUAGUCCAGUGCGAGGAGAAGUUGACCAUCAGUGCAUCGUGGUCGAAGGAUGAGGAUAUCAGCCGACUUCUCCAGUCUCUGCCCAACUGGGCCAACAUGGCUCAGCCCCGGCAGGUCCGACAGAAGAGGGAGGACGAGGAGGACUUCACCAGAGCUGCCUUCGCAAAAGAGUCAGAGGUGCUGACGGGUAACCUAGGUGACAAGCUGAUUCCACAAAAUGAGAUCCUGCGUGACGUGAGCGAUUUCAAGGCUCUGGCCAACCUCCAGGAGAGCAUGGAGUGGCUGGCCACCAGACUGAAAGGCUUCUUCACCAACCUUCCCCACGCUACUAGCGUGUCUCCGGGCUCGGAGCCCCAGGUGACCAAUGAAAGUGUGCGCAGUCGGGAGCAGAUCCUCCAGACUCUGACGGACCUGUCCAGGGCCUUCCAGGACAUUGCUGACCGCUGCCUGCUGGUCCUCCACCUGGAGGUCAGAGUACACUGCUUCCACUAUCUGAUCCCUCUGGCUAAGCAGGGGAACUAUGCCAUAGUAGCAAAUGUCGAGAGCAUGGACUACGACCCCCUGGUGGUCAAGCUCAACAAGGACAUCAGCGCCAUCGAGGAGGUGAUGGGUGCCGCGCUGCAACAGCACAAGUUCCAGUACAUCUUUGAAGGUCUUGGCCACCUGAUUUCCUGUAUCUUGAUUAACGGGGCCCAGUACUUUAAGCGGAUCAGUGAGUCUGGCAUCAAGAAGAUGUGUAGGAACAUCUUUGUACUGCAGCAGAAUCUCACCAACAUCACCAUGUCCAGAGAGGCUGACCUCGACUUUGCGAGGCAGUACUAUGAGAUGCUGUACAACACGGCAGACGAGCUUCUCAACCUGCUGGUGGACCAGGGCGUUCGCUACACCGAGCUGGAGUACAUCCAUGCCCUCAGCCUGCUGCAGAGGAGCCAGACCGGUGUGGGGGACCUGAGCACGCAGAACAUCCGCCUGCAGCGCCUCAAAGAGAUCAUCUGCGAGCAGGCGGCCAUCAAGCAGGCCACCAAGGACAAGAAGAUCACGACUGUUUAGGGGGGGGUGGGGGAGGGGCUUCAGGGGUUGACACUAAUCUGCAUUACUGUCCUGAACUGUUUCUCAACCUCCGGUCCAGCGUAUUGCCGUUGACCAAACAGAAUCAGCUAAUCGUCUGGGGGGGUGUUGAGCUAGAUGUUCUCCAAGGCUCAUGCAGUCACUGCGGUUUAAAGUCCCUAAUAAGAUUAUUAUGGGGUCCCUAUUGGAGUCUGUGAUGUUUUUGGGGUUCUGAAUUGGGGUUUGAGAACGUUGGGGAUGUUCUGCUGUAAAUUGAGUAGUUACUGAUUAAGGUUUGAAGACAUUUCGUUGUUACCAGUCUAAAUCUGUUGUUGUAAGUCAUUGGCUUAUUCUCUGGCAAAAAUAGUGCAGCUUCACUCACACACACUCCCAGACUGUCUCUAACAAAAAAAAAAUUUAAAAUCACUUCAGUCAGCCCUUGUCAGCUGUAGUCUCACCUGUGUCGGGUGGAAGAAUGGAGGGACUCUCUGAGGGCCUGGCUUCAGGGCCUUCCUCGUCUCAUUUUCCUAUUACGUCUAACUGCUGUUCUCAAUUACUGCUCUCCCUCGACCUCCAUCUCUCCCUUGUGGGUCCGCUGUGUCUGCAUUACCAGAUGCCAGAUUAGACCGUCUAGAUUAUCACAUUUCUCCUCCCGCUGGGCGCCAUUUUGUGGCCAUUCCUCUUCCCCAAGGACAAAGAAAGGAAAUUGGUUGUCCACUUCAGCUGUGAUUCACUCCGUUGUCUUUUAAUCACUUUUUGAAUAAUGUAGAUUGGACAUAGUGUAGCUAUAGCAGUUUCAGGUUCUGGUGUGAAUUGCUUUGAAAAUAUGGCAGUGUUACCACUGCACUUGUAGUAUAUAGUCCAAAGCUCACGGUCUUGACCCUAAUUGAGAUGCAACAGCAAAUCAUGUAAGGCCUGCCUACUGCUACAACUGCCAAAACUUCACUUUAUUUGAAGCUUUUCUGACGUAAAUACACUCUAAAUAAGUUAAAUAAAUCCCCUGUGUCUUUUCUGUAUAUUAAGUUAAUUUACUCAGAGAAACAGUACUUAACUACAGAGUGAGAAGAAAAACACAACAAGCGGGGCCCGCUCCCCGCAACACGGCGUAACGAUCCAUCAUAAUGACACGUAGGCUGGGAUCAAUAUGAGUGCUGUGGCUGCCUGAGGGACUGCCUAGCACCAUAGGAACAGUGUUUGUUUUACUCCGCACACUCAAUACACACUAUACUAAACACACACAUACUUACACAAACUAUAUUAAAAAACGAUUUACCCACACACACACUCACCAUGGGGAUCCAGGACUAGCAGUACUUGGAAAAAAGUCUCACAUUUAAAAAGUAGUUUAUUCUGCCACCUGUGUGAUCAAGGGCACACUUUAUCCAGGCAUUAAGAAUCUGUACCUCUCAUACCCAAAAAUAAAAUCAACAUGUUCAAGCCAUUGUAAAAAAAAAAAAAAGUAUCUUUUUUACUCUGUUUACUAAAACGUGUUUUAUUUGCACAUCGAGGCUAUACGAUUGUGGUUUCAUAUCUGUUUAGAUUUUUCACAAAGAUACAUUGAUUGUUGAAAUGUGUCCCAAUGCAAUUGCAGAUGCCUUCCACACUGAGUUAAAGACAGAUCUUUUGCCCAUGUAUUAAUCGCUAAUCUUGCCGUAACAAUAAACAUGACCUUGUAUCUGU